CAUACACAUCAAAAUCACAACCAAAAGAGGAACUACCUAGGGCUGAAAACAUGGCUUCAAGAACACAGCCAGCAUCUGAUCUUGUCUAUGAAGACUUUCAACCACUCUAUGAAUGGGUUAAGGACGAAAGGCUUGUCAACGUAAUGCUACCAGGUUUUAGAAGAGAUCAACUGAGGGUUCAAGUGACCUCAAAGCCUACCCUAAGGGUAACAGGUGAACGCCUGAUGUAUCAGAACAGAUAUCGUCGUUUCAAUUUAGAGUUGCCAAUUCAGUCUGAUUAUGACACCGACGAUGUCACGGCAAAGUUUGAAGGUUCCACUCUAUCAAUCAAAUUUGGAAAACGCUCACUCAAUAAGCCCACUGAACCAGCAACAACUCCAUCACAGAAGAUUGAACAGCAGAAAGAAGAUACCCCAAAAGCAGAAACAAAGAGCAAUGGUGAUGAAGUCUCUGCAGCAGAGCAGAAGACACCCCAGAAGGAGGAAACCAAGACUAAUGGCUCAAGUGAGACGAAGGAAGAAACGCCAGCCCCUAAAGCUAAGCCUGUUUCCAGAACCAAAACUAGGCUCAUAGAUUUUGCACUGGGUUCUGGAAAUCAGGUUGAUGACGAAGUGGCUGGAGAUUCUGAUGCAGCGAAUAACAAGCGCAAGAAAAUUGUGAAAUGGAUUCUGCUGAUUUAUGCGGUUGUGGCCAUUGUAGCACUUGCCCUUUAUGCUAAAAAUGCAUUCAUAUCCAAUGGAGAAUCAGACACAGAAUCGUUCUUCCUAGAGCUGUGAUUUUCUUCUUCAACAACUACUUGUGCACGUAAAGAGAACACUGUGUUCGUUUGCGUGUAAAUGCAUAAUUUCUUUCAGUAAAUGAUUAAUAAAGAAAAACAUUAUACGAUUUCU